AUGUUCAGCAACGAGAGUACGGACGAGAAACAAUUGCAAGACUUCAGAAGUCGUGAAAUGAGAAGUCGUGUACGAAAUUACAAAAAACAGAUGAAGACGCUGGAAUAUUCACGGCUUCGUUCGCUGGUUCCUUCUACAGCCUGCCGGCCUCGUGUCAGCAAGGUACGAAACUUUUAUGUCAGGCCUAGAUUGCUAGCUUCUAUCACUCAUAUAAAAAAUUUAAAGACCAACUCAAAGUUAAAACUUAUUUUUUUUUAGAUUGAAGUAAUAGAGGAGGCGAUCAAGUACAUCGCGUUUCUCCAAGCUACACUGAGCUCUCGCUUGGAAGAAACCAACGAAAGUAAGUUUGAAACUGAAAAACCGCCGGAAAUCCAUCGCAUUGAAUCGUGCGCACAUUUUAAACUUGAGUGAUUUUUUUCUCUCGCAGACAGUAACAGUCAAGGGGCAGAAGAGCGGACAGACAGCGAAAGAAAACCGAAAAUUCUCAGGCAAAAAAGACAGCGUUUCGCUUCAUAUAUGAUUAAAACCCAAAAACACACCGUACCAGCGCGACGAAAAUUUUCAAGUAAGUCUGCAGAAAUCUGUGUUUUUCUUUCCGUUGUUUGAGAAGUUGAAACCUGGGGACUUUGCGCGUGCUUACAGCGCGUUUGGGCCGAGGAUUUGCGCAUUCGAAACUAAAAUUUCGAGGAUAAAAAUUGGGUGAUUCGUUUUCUUCAUCCGGUAGUUGGGUUGGAAAAUGCAGCUGCACAUAAAAACAACAUAUGUCCCUUUGAGGCUCACAGCACCUGGCAUUUGCUACAAAAUAAAGUUCCCUUGCGUUUUAAAUAAAUCGCUCCAAAUUCUACCAAAAAGAUCCUAGCUUAAAAGCUAGCUCAAAAUCUACGCUUUGAAAAAUGUUUCGUCAGUUUCCUUGAAUUUCAAGGUAAAUUUAGACAAGUUCACUGCCGUCUCUAAGUAACCAAUUCUGGCUAAGGACGUAUUCCAACCCUCGAACAUGGAAAUAAAUAUUCCAAUAUUAUAUUAUAACCUUUCAACUUAUUAAAAUAAAAUCUACAAUUUACAUAUCACUUCGAAAGGAAAUUACGGCCUGUCUAGUGAAUUUUCUCCAACGCAGCUACGGGGUUGAAAUAAAAAUUCCCAACCCGCACGUGAGGGAUUUUUUAAGGGGGUAUCAACUUUGCCAAUGAAAAGAAAUGAAGAAUAAUGCAAUUAAGAUUCAGCAGCACCCUGGGAAAAUUUAGAGAGUACAAAAUAUUAAUACGCUCAUUUAUUACACAUUAUCUUGUCUGAAGAGUAAACAAUUUCUUGCUAUUAAAAAUGCGACAUUAGAAAGCUUUUAUCUAUUUUAAAAAUGUCUCUUUCUUUUAAUUUUUUUCAGGACAAAAGACAACAGAAAGCGAACAGCCAAGAUAGAAGAGCCAUUGUGUGUAACAACGGUGGAAAAUCGACUACGCAAGAAUAAAACUGGAAGUUAUAUAAUAAAAGCUGCUCGCUUGAGAUGGAACAUUUUUUCCCAGCGCUGUGCAGCUCACUUCAGUGCUGAUGUACUGAUUGGUUUUGAAUUUAAUUGUAGCAUUUGCGUAGCUAAACCUCAAAUUUAAAUACAUCGUGCGAAGAUGCAGGGCCGAAAUUCACUGUUAUGGAAGUAAGCGCCGAAAAGUACAAAACACUUUAGGGAAAAAACUGUUGAAGUUUUUUAAAACGAAAACCAGGAAAAAAAGAUUUUUAGUAUCCCUAAAUCUAAUAACUUCCUAAGACUUCCUUUUCAGAAGAGCUCUGAAAGAACCUUCAGCAAAUUUUUCUUUCUAUUAGUUUUCUACGUAAAUGCAAAUGAAAGGAAACUGAAACAGACCGUCACGUGGUGAAAUUUUUUUUCGUGUGUGUCACGACGGUGCGUGUGAAUGCGUCAAAAGUUUUGCUAAAAGCUGACACCGACAAUCAUUUCACAUAAGCUUGCUGUUUUUAGUUUUGAUUACCGUCUCAAGAACUUAUCAAUGAUCACUUCUGGUCCAUCUUCAACAAGCUGAAAAAAAAAAUUCAAACUUCUGUUCCGCAACUAGCUCAAGUGGGUUACAAUUUUGCUUUCCGAAAGGAAGUCUUAAGAACGGCCAAUGCACGCUGAAACAUUAAAACACAUCAUUCAUUAGCUGGAAAAUUCUCCUGUUAUAAUUUUAUUUAAGAAGGAAGAGGGAGGGAAAAUAACAAAGACGAAACAUUCGAGAUGGUUGUUCAGUCAGUUUUUCCCCUUUUCCUUUUAAAACAAACGGAACUCGAAACACUGCAGCGGAACUAAUGUAUUUAUAGCUAUCUAAGGCAAAGACAUAAUAAAAUCUUUGAGGCAUAACGAA